GUUGUAAGCUAUAGGAUUCAUAAAUCUCUUACCAAUUCUGCUUUCAGCUUCUUGUCCGAUCCAAGCAUUAAAUGCUGUGGUCAUUUGUCGAAAAUUGGUAGAGACCUUUUGCUUUUCCUAUUGAUGGUGGUCACUUGGGUGAAAACUUUAUAGGAUACAUGAUGGUGUUGUGUUACAUAUUCCAUGAGCUUUAAUGGCUAUGAUGUUACUUAGAACAUGUUUGUUCUGUAAGUCAGUGUUAAAAGAUAUCAACGUAGAAGAACUUAGCGAAUGUGAGCUUCACAGGAGUCAUCUUCUGGCAAGUCUCUCACUUGUUGGACGAAAUCUUGCUACAGUGAAUUCAUGACUGAUGAAGCAGGCAAUUCUUGCUGGUGAGUUCUUCUUGAAACAUUAUUACAUCUUUUGUAUUUCUGUACCCAUGAAACAGCUUUUCAACAUGCUUAAAUUAUGACAGAGAAUAUGUUUUUUGGGAUAUAUGUAUAUGAGGCUACUCUAGUGUGCGGUUCUUUGACAUGAUACUUUGCAUGCUAAACUCUACGCUUCACAACUGUGGCAUCCAGAUAUUUGCUUUCAACUAGUUUCCAUAUGUGAUAGUUUGCUCUUUCUUCAGAUGAACUGAUCUCUAACUGGUCCUGCUUUCCUGUGCUUACAGUGUAAACAGGGAAAAAUGAAUGGAUUGAAUACUUGAAUAUUGUGAUUUAGGAGAUUAUUUAGGACCUCCUGUUUCUGGAACGUUUUACUUUAAGUUUAAUUCUAAUAAGGAUUAGCUCUUUGGUUUGCGAGACUUAUCCUAGCUGGAAAUUGCUUUGGAGAUUUUGUAGGGUUAGGCCAAAGGAGAGAGGAUAAAUCUAUUGGGUGCUUUACUCUACUCUUGUCACUUUGAUUCUGUUUUAAUAAAUGAGAGUUUUUGGGUUAGAUUACUUGUGUUUGUUUCUAUUUAAAAGUUUAACAAACAUUCCGUUAGGUUUACCAUACCUGGUCAAGAAGACCUUCCAAACCUAGGCUCUUUGUUUCAUUGAUAGACUUGAUUUGACUUGUAUUGUUUUGGGAUAUUAGUAUGAUCAUUGAUAGGAGAAAGGGCUGAAAAAUUACUCACCUGGAAUUUUGGCGAUUAGAGUCGUAACAACUAACAUAAGGCCAUAAGGGUGUCACCGCAGGUACUUUGAUAACUCUUCUUGAGUGAGCUACUAGUUCCGAUGAUGUGAUCAGUGAAACGAGAAGUCUUCAGGUAAAAUAUAGAUGAUGAAUUCUUUUCUCAGAUUUGACAAAUAUAGUAAUAGAUGAACCUCAAUGAGCUUAAGGAAUCCAAGAUCCGAAAUUGUGCUGAACAGCUCCGAAGAGAGAGGAGUAUUGACAGAUUAGUUGAUCUCUCAAUCUAAAAGGAAAACUCUUGCUUGCUAAUUUUGGAACUUGAUGUCAUGCCUACGCCCAACCAUUAUUACCCUUACACUCCCCGUCUUAUCUUCACUAACUCUGCUACUUUUUUCUGUGUAGGCCAAGAACCUUCAAUGUCUUUUCUAGACUUGUAUCUCAAGUCCCAACAUCAUAAUCGAAAUCAUGUUUCCAUAUGUAAAGCAUGAACGGUUUAGAGAUCAGUUCAUCUAAAGAUCAAAUUCUGGUAAUACGAAAGAACCAAAUAGGCUCACAAGUCAAAAAGGUACAGAAAUAAGCAAACAAACAUGACUUUCAAGAACAAUGUUAAAAAAAAAAUGUUCCUAAACAAAAUUGUGUCUGUAAACAGUAACUGCAAUCAUAACUAUAUUGAAACUUGUCUCUACAUAGAAACCACAAACGUGGACUCAUGUGUAACCACUAGUUUCUCGAGACUCUCAACCAUCCACCGUCCCAUGUCGUAAUUAUGCGAAUGUGACCCUUUCAUCAUUCAAUCAACUACAUUCAUGGAUUCGUAUCCCUUUUUCCCAUAGUUAACAAUUUUUUUUAUAUCUUUACAAAUUCUUCAUUCACAUUUUAGCAAUACCAUUUCAUCUUCUUGAAUCUCUAUCUCAACAACAAUGGCAGAAUCAGAAACUAGGUCAAAUCUUAACACCAUUAAGGAUCACGAAGAAGAAGAUGAAGAAACAAUAACAAAAACGCAGCCAUUGAUCCCAGGUUUACCAAACGAGAUCGCUGAGCUUUGUCUUCUUCGUCUUCCGUACCCAUACCAUGCUCUGUUUCGCUCUGUUUCAUCUUCAUGGAACAAAACCAUCACAAACCCUAGUUUCCUCUUCUCCAAGCAAUCUCUCUCCAUCAUCUCUUCUCCUUACCUCUUCGUCUUCGCUUUCAACAAAUCAACGGCUAAGAUUCAAUGGCAAUCCCUAGACCUCGCAUCUGGCCGUUGGUUCGUCUUGCCUCCUAUGCCAAACUCUUUCACCAAAAUCUCUUCUCCUCACGCGCUCUCCUGCUCGUCGAGUUCACGUCAGGGGAAGCUUUUUAUCCUCGGCGGCGGAGAUGCUAACCGCUCCGCCGUCGUGUACACCGCUUUGACGAAUCGCUGGUCGUUUAUUUCUCCGAUGAGGAAUCCGAGAACGUACUUUAACGCCGGGAAUGUUAACGGUAAGAUCAUGGCCGUUGGUGGGAGUGUUGACGGUUUUGGAGAAGCGACGACGGAGGUCGAAUCGUACGAUCCAGAAACCGACACGUGGACGUCUGUGAAGAGAGUGCCGAUGGUGUUGGCCAAGUAUGACUCAGCCGUGAUCGGGAAAGAGAUGUGCGUGACGGAAGGGUGGGCGUGGCCGUUCAUGUUCCCACCGAUGGGACAAGUGUACGACUCCGAUGAAAACACGUGGCGUGAGAUGAGCGGUGGGAUGAAAGAAGGGUGGACGGGUGUGAGCGUCGUGAUCCGUGGUAGGCUGUUUGUGAUAUCGGAGCAUGGUGAUUUCCCGAUGAAGGUUUAUUUCUCGGAGGACGAUACGUGGAGGUACGUGAGUGGUGAGAAGCUUCCUGGGGAUAAGAUGCGGCGGCCUUUCGCCGUGACGGGAGCUGACGACGGUCGUGUGUUUGUGGUGGCUGGUGGGCUUAAUGUAGCCGAGGGGAGAGUGAGUGAGGGGGAAAAUGGGGAAUUUAGUGUUGUGUGGAGAAUGGUUUCGUCUCCUCAAAGUUUUGUUCAUUUUUCACCUUCUAGUUGCCACGUCCUGUAUGUCUGAUUUCGUCUCUAUAAAAAUUUAUUUGAUUUGAAUCA